AUGUUUGCCAAGGCCUUUCGGGUCAAGUCCAACACGGCCAUCAAGGGAUCGGACAGGAGAAAGCUUCGGGCUGAUGUGACGGCUGCUUUCCCCACCCUCGGAACUGAUCAGGCCUCCGAGUUAGUGCCUGGGAAGGAAGAGCUCAACAUUGUGAAGCUGUAUGCUCACAGAGGGGAUGCCGUGACUGUGUACGUGAGUGGGGGUAACCCCAUCCUAUUUGAACUGGAGAAAAAUCUGUACCCGACAGUGUACACCCUGUGGUCAUAUCCUGAUCUUCUACCAGCAUUCAUAACAUGGCCUCUGGUGCUCGAAAAACUGGUGGGAGGAGCAGAUUUGAUGCUGCCGGGAAUAGUGGUGCCCCCUGCUGGUCUGCCUCAGGUACAGAAGGGUGACCUCUGUGCCAUUGUCUUGGUGGGAAACAGGGCCCCUGUUGCCAUCGGAGUGGCUGCCAUGUCCACAUCGGAGAUGCUCACUUCAGGCCUGAAAGGAAGGGGUUUCUCUGUGCUCCACACCUAUGAGGACCACUUGUGGCAAUCUGGAGACAGGUCCUCUCCGCCUUUUAUUGCCCCACUGACCCCGGAUCCCCCACAUGUCAGUGAAGAGCAGGAUGACAUGAGGCGCCUUACCCUGGAAGGAAAGGAGGAGGAGAAUGGGGAAGAUCAGCAGAUGUGUGGGCAGAAGACCCUACCAGAAGCCUCAGAAGACCCUGGCAACGGGGGCCUGAAUCCAGACCCUGCAGAUAGCAAAACCCUUCAAGAGCAAAUGGAUGAACUGCUACAGCAAUGCUUCUUGCAUGCUUUGAAGUGCCGAGUCAAAAAGACCGACCUCCCUCUGCUCACCAGCACUUUCCUCGGUAGCCACGUGUUCUCCUGCUGCCCUGAAGGACGGCAACUGGACAUAAAGAAGUCAAGCUACAAAAAACUCUCUAAGUUCCUGCAGCAAAUGCAGCAGGAGCAGAUUAUACAGGUCAAGGAGCUGAGCAAAGGGGUGGAGAGCAUUGUGGCUGUGGACUGGAAACACCCCAGGAUCACAUCUUUCGUCAUACCUGAGCCCUCCCCGACUUCCCAGACUAUCCAGGAGGGUAGCAGGGAACAGCCCUAUCACCCUCCAGAUAUAAAACCCCUCUACUGUGUCCCAGCCAGCAUGAGCCUGCUCUUCCAGGAGUCUGGCCACAAGAAGGGGAGCGUCCUCGAGGGCAGUGAGGUCCGGAUGAUCAUCAUUAACUACGCCAAGAAAAAUGACCUGGUUGAUGCAGACAACAAAAAUCUUGUGCACUUGGAUCCCAUCCUGUGUGACUGCAUCUUAGAGAAAAAUGAACAGCACACAGUCAUGAAGCUUCCAUGGGACAAUCUUCUGACCAGAUGUUUGGAAAAAUUGCAGCCUGCCUAUCAAGUGACCUUUCCCGGACAAGAGCCUAUUGUGAAGAAAGGCAAAAUCUGCCCCAUUGACAUCACCCUAGCACAGAGAACUUACAAUAAAAAGGUGACUGUGGUCCGGAAUUUGGAGGCCUACGGUCUGGACCCAUGCACAGUGGCUGCCAAACUGCAGCAGCGAUGCCAGGCUAGCACCACUGUCACUCCUGACCCUGGGGCUAAGGACAGCCUGCAGGUCCAGAUCCAGGGAAACCAGGUCCAUCACCUCGGCCGGCUGUUGCUUGAAGAAUAUCAGCUUCCUCGGAAACACAUCCAAGGCCUAGAAAAGGCCCCCAAGCCUGGCAAGAAGAAGUGA